AUGUUGUACCACUUUGGCUUCUGCGGGUGGGAGGUCAUCGACCGGGAGCGCAGUCACGCGGCGCAAACAACAGACAAGAAAGCAGAGGACUCGUCUCAGCCAGACAAUCAGCAGCAGCAACAACAACAGGAGGAGCAGCAAGUGGAGAUCGAGGGGAAAUCUCCCAACGCCAACGCCACGACCAAGAAGUCACGAGGAAACCAACUGCCAGAGACAUUCGACGUCGACGCCUGGCUCGCCCUCUCUAGCAAGCUUAGGACAGAGCGCAUGCGGAUACUCAAGGGACGCGACAACAUAUGUCGCCUGACAUUUAUGGCCGUGCAUCCGGACUUCCAGAGGCGUGGCAUCGCGUCGAUGAUGCUACAGAGCGUCUGUGAGGAGACAGAUCAAGUUCCGGGGCGCUGUGCAUAUGUCCUUGCUGCACCAGAGGGCGUGCGGCUGUACUCCAACUUUGGGUUUGAGGUGGUGGGGGAGGUUGAGACGCCCAGUGGCAACAUCACGAGCAAGUUGCGGCCGGAUCCCCAGUGA